UUAAUUAAUUUAUAAGGUAAGUAAAUAACCAUGCAUAAAUGUUCAUGUGGUUAUUAUCAUCAAUCUUCCAACUCAUUUUCUAUGCUAUUUACUAUGCCUUAUGAUCCACAACAACACAUUUGUCCUUGUGAUAAUAAUUCUAAUUCAUCUUUUCCAAAUGUUGAUUGCACGCUUUCUUUAGCUACUCCAUCAACUCGUUUGAUCACCUCUUCUGAUUACUAUGACUCAGCAGAAUCGCGACCAUCUUCGCGAUUCUGCUGGGAUUUUUUAAACUCUGAUAACCACCACUCAGCUACUCCUCCUCCUCCCCCACCUUCCUACAAAGCUAUUAGUAACCGUGGUGGUGCAACCACCGUUGACUCGCUUCUUGUCCGGAGGUGUGCUAGUUGUGACACCACUUCUACUCCACUUUGGAGAAACGGUCCUCGUGGCCCCAAGUCCCUAUGCAAUGCUUGCGGGAUUCGAUUCAAGAAGGAAGAGAGAAGAGCCGCGACGACGGCGUUGGUGGCCGGUAGUGGUGGAGAUGGCGGGACGACUACUGAUUGCAACACAUGGAUGAACUCAUUGGGGAAUCACAAACUGCCGUCAUGUUAUAACUCACCGGCGGCAGCAGUGGGUGGCGAGUUUAGGUUUGUUGAUGACGUGGACGACAGAGAUUCUAGCUUCUUGUCGUGGCGUCUCAAUGUGACUGACAGACCAGGGCUUGUGCAUGAUUUCACACCUUAAUUAUUAUUAAAAUAUUAUUUAGUGGGUCCAUUUCGAGAUCCACAAUGAUGACAUGGAUUUUGUUAACUUUCAGCUAGAGUAAAAUUGAAUUAAUCUGAUUACCAUUAUUAUUAUUA